GAGAGAUAUAGAAAGAGAAGAAAGAGGAUAGAGGAUAGAUCUGGAAGAUCAACAGUUUAUCGAAAACACCGCGGACGUGAAGGCUCAACGUGCGAGUUAGCGAGGGACGAGUGUUUUCGCGGAAGUUUUGUACUCCGACUCGCGUCUCCGUAAACGCUUGACAGUGUCCGUUCGACGCACGUAUUUACGUUCCCGGCAGCCGCAAGCAUGUCCAAUAAAUUCGACACCGCUUACAGAUUGAAGGCCACCGAGGACAGCGGAGACGAGGAGUCUCAAUCAAAGGAUAAUCAAAAGGUGGAGAAGGGUCCAUUACCUCCAAUAGAGAUAAGUCCAAACGAGCACAAGCUGCAGUACGCUUACGCGCUGUGGUACAGCCGGCGUAGCCCUGGCAAACAGACCAGCAUACAGAGCUACGACCAGAAUCUAAAGCUGGUCGGCAGGUUCGCGAGCGUGGAGCAAUUCUGGGGUCUUUACAGUCACUUAGUACGACCGUCGGAUCUCACGACGCACACAGACUUUCAUCUUUUCAAAGUCGGCAUAAAACCCAUGUGGGAGGACGAGGCGAAUCAAAAGGGCGGCAAGUGGAUAGUGAGAUUACGAAAGGGUUUAGUUUCUAGGUGCUGGGAAAAUCUUAUAUUGGCAAUUUUAGGAGAGCAAUUUAUGGUAGGGGAAGAAAUAUGCGGCGCGGUUGUGUCCAUAAGAUUUCAGGAGGAUAUAAUCUGUGUGUGGAACAAGACGGCGUCGGAUGUGACGAUAACUGCGCGGAUUAGGGAUACCUUGAGAAGAGUAUUACAUCUUCCACCUACUGCCUCUAUGGAGUAUAAAACCCACAAUGAGAGUUUGAAGAAUGUACACCGACUCUAAAAUUGUAUAAAUUUCGAGAACGAGACGUAUUAUACAACUUUCCUGACAGACUUACAGCCGACUCUUAUUGCUUCCCAGAGGAUCACAUUUGACAGAAAGUAAAUGAGACAUGCGAGUACUGGGAAACAUCCACUUGACGAUACACUUCAUUCACAAGUGUCUGUGUUGUAACUUAUGUAAAUAAUGAAUAUACAUUGAUCAUAAAUAAAUAAAAUGUCCUUAUUUCCAA